AUGGAUGUCGAUUCGGAAAUACCAGAAUUAGUUGCAAUUCCUUCAGAAGAAGCGGUGACCAAUAGAAUUAAUGUGUCUGAUUUGAAAGUUCCUAUAACAAUUGUCACAGGCUAUCUCGGUUCGGGGAAAACCACCUUACUAAAUUAUAUCUUAACCGAGAACCAUGGCAAAAGAAUUGCCGUGAUUUUAAAUGAAUUUGGCGAAAGUAACGAAAUCGAAAAAUCUUUGUCAAUUGCCCAAGGGGGUGAUUUAUUUGAAGAGUGGCUAGAAUUAAAGAACGGAUGCUUGGACAACGGUGUAAAGGCCAUAGAAAAUUUAAUGCAAAAGAAAGGAAAAUUUGAUUAUAUUUUGUUGGAAACUACGGGCCUUGCUGAUCCAGGUCCAAUUAUAUCAAUUUUUUGGUUGGACGAUGAUUUAGGUAGUGAUAUAUAUUUGGACGGUGUUGUCACAAUUGUUGACGCGAAAUAUAUUCAAAAGGAUUAUGCUUCUUCGUUAUUCGAUACACCGCCACUCAUUGAAAGCGAUCAUCAUCACAUUGAAGAGGAUGUGAAAACUAUUUGUCUGACAGAAUUUCCGGUAAAGCCGAUAGAUCUGAAAAAAUUAGAGGAUUGGAUUCAAUGCCUGCUAUGGGAUAAAAUGGUCCCUGUAUUGGAUUCAAACUCCCUUGCCACAGAAAAAACCUCAGAUGAUACUAUCGAAAAUGAAAUUAUAAUUUUACGUCUGAAAGGCGUAAUAACAAUUCAUGAUUCAGGAUCACGAGUCAUUUUACAGGGAGUUCAAGAAUUAUACGAUUUGCAGCACAUUCCCAUCUCGGAUAGCGUCUCAAUUGAAAAGGUCGAAGAUAAAUUGGUGAUUAUUGGAAGAAAUUUAGAUUAUCGUAAGCUUCGAGAUUCGUUAUGGAGCUGGAUGAGAUGGUAG